CAAAACGGGUCGUGGUCAAAGGCCCAUCAGUCGUGGCAGCUGGGCAGACCUUUACUCUGACCUGCUUGACCUCCAGGGCCAAUCCCUCAGCAUCAAUCAACUGGUUGGUUCACGGAGUCGAGGUGGCCACUGUAUCCUCGCUGGUGAGUGAGGGAGAAGGGGGAGGAGGCUGGGUGACCUCGUCUGACCUGAAUUACAGCCUGGAGAGGUCGAUGAGUCUGGCGGAAAUCAGCGUCGAAUGCAGAGCUUACAAUUCCGCCAGUGACGAGGUAGCCAGAGAGACGCGUCUCAUCAGUGUCAUAAGGCCCCCUGGACGCCCCAGCCUGCAGGUGGAAGGGGUGGGGGAUGUGGUGGCAGGAGGGCAGCUGGUGGUCAAGUGCAGCAGCGCAGGAGGGAACCCACAUCCGGGCGUCACGAUCUACAAAGGGCACGAGAAGCUUCUGACGGAGGUGACCGUUGACGGGAGGGUGACCAGAGCGAGAGCCGUUACAGAGGUCACGGCCUCCGACAACGGAGCCAAGGUGUCCUGUCACGUGACGAAUCCAGCCACUGACAUCCCUCUCGUGGCCAAUACUGCCAUCGAGCUGUUCUUUCCUCCUUGGGAGGCGAAGGCCUGGGUGUCCCCGACCAACGUCUCGGCAGGUCAAGUGGCCAAACUGAUCUGCGAGUCGUCCUCGAGCCUCCCCGCUUCGAGUAUCACUUGGAGGUCGGGCUCCGUCACCAACUACGGAGCCACUUCGAUGAACAGGCCAGGGCUCUACGGAGGUCAGGUCACCAGAUCCGAGCUGGAAGUCAGGGCCCUAAUUGAGGACAAUCAACGGACGUACAUCUGUGACGCCACGAACGGUCUGGGCGUUACCGUAACGACCAACGUUACUCUCAACGUGUUACAUGAACCUGUAUGGAAAGACGUGCCCAGCGGGGUAGUGGAGGUCAGGGAGAAAGAUGACCUUCUCCUCAAGGCAGUAGCCGAUGCCAACCCACCUCCUGUGACUUACAAGUGGUGGAGAGGCCCCGUCCUAAUUCAGGAGGACCAGGAGGAGGGCGGGGGCCUGCUGGAGAUGAAGAGGGUACACCGCCAGGAGGCAGGGGGUUACUCCGUGACCGCCGAAAGUCCCAGGGGCGUCGUCAAUGCCUCCUUUGUCAUCAACGUCCUCUACGGACCUGAGAGCAUCAUGGCGCCGAAGAGGGUCACGGUAGACGAAGAUGGUUCGACCGUCAUCACCUGCUCCGCCAUCGGGAACCCCACGCCGAAUAUCACCUGGUUCACCCAGGAUAACGACUCUAGCAUCCGCGAGGUGUUGUCUUGGGGUGUAAGCGAAGCUCGACUUCUGAUCGACUUCGUCACCAGAGCUGACACUGGGUUCUACAAGUGCCUGGCUUCGAACGUAGUCGAGUCCGCUAGGCCGAUCAAGACUGCUGUGGUCGUUACUCAGGCACCAGAACCGCUGGAAGAGGUAGCCUCCAGAGAGGACGCCCCGAGCAGGCCGUGGGCAAAGGUGGGCGGGACGGGACGCCUAGAAUGCUUCGUGAAGGCAGCGCCCGCGCCCAAUUUUCGGUGGACCAUCAAUGAAGACAGGGUCCUGUUCAACAGUCGGAAAUACUUCGUCAGGGGACCACAUCUAAUGGACGGUUUGGCAGAGUGGUCUUCAGUGCUGGAGAUCAGGAGCGUUACUUCGAGAGACUAUACGACUUAUACCUGCACGGCGUCGAAUUAUAAGGGAGCUUAUACCUCCAACCACACCCUGGGCCCCCCAAUCCCCCCACACCAGCCUUAUAACCUCAGCGUAGCCAGUGUCAUAGGCAGCACAGCCAUCCUUACCUGGAUUCCACCUAGCCACGGGACCACGCCUUCGGGAUACACAAUUCGUUAUCGACCACUGCAUGAUGAGGAAUACUUACGUCAAAAUGUCGCAGGACGCGGAACGACAACUGUCAAAAUCCAAGGACUGUCUCCCGGAGCCACGUACGAGUUUGCAGUCCAGACUUACAACUCCCAGGGCACUUCGGACUUUACGUCUCCCUCAACAAAAGUCGCCAUACCAGGCGUGGUGGAAGAAGUCGCGAGCAGCAGCAGUCAGCCUCGCGUGCCGCGGCUGACUCUAUUACUGAUGUCCUUGACUGGGGCUGCUCUGUUGGUCUUGAAUAUAUCCAUCAUUAUUUGCUUCAUCAGACGCUUCGCUUUGAGCAGGAAUACCCCAGCUUCGUCUUACAAAACCGCUAUUUCCGAGACAUAUACACCUGCGUCGACACCUGCCAUGAUCACAGAUGACGACGAGGAGGAGAAAACUGGCGGACCUGAGAUUGUCACCUCCACUUCGCAAUACCAGCUCACUAGGCAGUCAUCCAUAAGGAAAAGAAGAGAUAGGGGCAGCCCAAGGGAUAACAAAAAUAAAAUAAUCCACCACUACAACACAGACAUCGUCGAGACCUCUAAACCUCAGGACGGCCUACAGCCAACGAUCCUCAUCCCGUCUCCCCAGUUCGUCACCAUCGACAGUCCCACCAACCAGAGCAAAAGUGCCUUAAUGAACGGCGGUCUGAAUUUACGAAGCCACGGACCUUCAAACCCAAAGACUGAACCAGCGAAGUACAAUGACUUCGUCACGGAUGAUGGACGCCAUUUGGACGACAACAUCUCAAAGCGCACGAAGGCCGAUGCCCAAGACAUCCCAGACGUAUGCCCCAAAAGCUCAGGCUCAGGCGGGUCUCUCCUUCGCCAGGAGAGCCAGGAAGGUCCUUGCCAGGAGGAUGACAGGGUGUCUUUGGCGUCACACCAUAGCAAUACUUCCUAUGUCAACCUUCCUGAUCAUGGGCACGGCAUAGGGAGGCAAACAUCAGUAGGCCUACGUCGUCAGGGUAGUCUUAGUCCCACUCCAGUGGGCCUGCGAAGGCAUGGCAGCAUGAGUCCUACGCCGAGAGGCUUACGCAACAAGGAUCGCAUGAGUCCUACCCCGAUGGGACUUCGUAGGCAAGGCAGCCUCAGCCCAACUCCUUCUUUGCCUCCCAUUCUUUCAUCGCCAAAAAUCCACAGGAAUCCCAUUCCUGAUCAUUCUCAGGAACCACGCGUUCCUUCUCCAUCGACAUUCUGCCCAAAUAAAACGUCCCCUCACGCUAUGCUUCAGGGACACUUGCAUCCUGGGCUUCCAGGGUGCUUACACCAUCGCGGAUACCAUCAUCAUCAUCAUCAUCAUCACCACGGCAUCGAAAAACAACAACAGGAACACCAUCACCAAAAUCUAGAACAACAGGGGCGCCUGGAAUUUCACCAAGGUCUGCCGCUGCAGGAGACAGAGCGAGGGGCCACGCAGUACCGCGAGUCAGAGCCCAGAGAGUUUCACCAAAUUCACCAAGCAGGUCCUUACUGCCACCAAGGGCAACACGGAAACCAUCAACAAACAGCUUCAAAUCAAAUGCACUUUCAAGGGUACCAGGGGAGACCUUACCCACAGCAGAAUACCAACCACAACGUCCCUCUUACGAGCUCGUCGUACGGGUACCCAUCUUCCGAGUACCACUUACCAGCGCAGCAUCCUCAGUUUCAUUACCAUCACCCUGUAGAAGAGUCGCCACGUUUAGAACACCCUGUGAAAGUUGGAAGUGAACCUCCUCCUCCUCUUCCUAACACAGGACACAGCCCCGUGCUCCAUACCCAGAGGGAGUACCAGUACACGAUACCCUUUACAGAAGAGGCUUGGCGCGGAGGAUACCCGCAGCCUCCUACGACAGAGCAGCACCAGCUGCAGUGCAUUAGGGAGGAGCCAAGCAAUGAUCCCGCAGGAGUGGAUGGCAAAUCCUGCACGGCAGAAACCACCUGUGACGUAGAGGGGAGAGGGAUGCAUGAACAAACUUCUGAAGGUACCGCCUACGAGCAUUACACUGGCUUUGGAAAUGCCCUGGCUUAUUACACCAGAAACAUGUUCCUCUACGACCUGAACCUCUGUUUCCAUUAUUAUUGA